AUGACUCCAAAUUUCAUAUUCAACGUUAGCUACACCAACAACGAAGAUGAAGUUUCCAUACUAUACGGUGUGAAGGAUCCAAGGGUGUUAACGAGAAUGGUUUUGGAAGAAACGGGUCACGUGAGGAGGCUGACGUGGCAACCUAGCGAACGUAGAUGGUUUCAGAUUUGGUACGGUCCGAAAGAGGAAUGUGAUGAUUUCAAACAGUGCGGGUCGAACUCGAACUGUGACCCGUAUAAUGCGGACAAAUUUGAGUGUGAGUGUUUACCCGGGUUUGAACCGAAGUUUGCGAGGGAAUGGUAUUUGAGAGACGGGUCGGGUGGGUGUGUGAGGAAGAGGAAUGUUUCCACGUGUGGAAGUGGGGAAGGGUUUGUGAAAGUGGCACGUGUGAAAGUGCCUGAUACUUCAAAGGCACGUGUGAAUGAGAGUUUGGGUUUGAAAGAGUGUAGAGAGAAGUGUUUGGAAGAUUGUUCUUGUGUUGCGUAUACAAGUGAAAAUGAGGUAACUGAGAGUGGGUGUGUUACUUGGCACGGUGACAUGGAAGAUACAAGAACUUAUACACAAGUUGGACAAGAUUUGUAUACACGUGUGGAUGCACAUGAGUUGGCUAUGUAUGCAAAACAUCCAUAUGGUUCUCUUGGAAAAAAGGGGAUGGUGGCAGUAUUAGUUAUUUCUUCUUGCUUGGUAUUGUUUAUAGGGAUCAUUUUCGUGUAUUGGUUUGUGAAAUCCAGGAAACAAUGGUCGAAAAGGGAUCCCAAGUAUUCGUUUCGUCUUAGCUUUGGCGACUCCUCUAAUCAGCAAGAAUUUGAUAGUACAAACAAUUCAAGUUUACCAUUCUUUGAUCUUAGCUCCAUAGCUGCUGCAACAGACAGUUUUUCACUUGCUAACAAGCUUGGUGAAGGUGGUUUUGGUUCUGUUUAUAAGGGUAUAUUGAGCAAUGGAAUGGCAAUUGCAGUGAAGAGACUGUCAAAGUAUUCUGGACAAGGCAUACAAGAGUUUAAAAAUGAGGUUGUUUUGAUUUCAAAGCUGCAACACAGAAAUCUUGUGAGGAUAUUAGGUUGCUGCAUUCAAGGAGAAGAAAAGAUGUUAAUCUAUGAGUAUUUGCCUAACAAAAGCUUAGACUUUUUCAUUUUUGAUAAAUCUAAAAGCUCAGAGCUAGACUGGAGAAAACGAAUGUUUGGUGGAGAUCAAAUUGAAGCAAUCACAAAUCGUGUCGUUGGAACCUAUGGUUAUAUGUCUCCAGAAUAUGCCAUGGAAGGACAAUUUUCAGUGAAGUCCGAUGUAUAUAGCUUUGGAGUUUUACUGCUUGAGAUUAUUACAGGAAAGAAGAACAGUGGUCAAUACGAAGACAAUGCAUCCACAAAUUUAGUUGGGCAUAUAUGGGAUCUAUGGAGAGAAGACAAAGCCAUGGAGAUUGUUGAUCGAUCAUUAGGAGAGUCAUUCUCCGAGUUUGAAGUCCAAAGAUGCAUCCAAAUUGGGCUUUUAUGUGUACAAGAUUAUGCUGUUGACCGACCAUCUAUGUCAGCUGUUGUAUCUAUGUUGGGAAAUGACUCAACUCUUCCUACUCCAAAACAACCAGCAUUUAUUUUCAAGAAAAGUAACUAUGAGAGUUCAAAUCCAUCAACCAGUGAAGGAAUUUACUCUGUGAAUGAUGUAAGUAUGACUAUGAUUGAAGCUCGCUAA